AUGAAAGGUCGGACCGACGAGGCCUUGGAGAUUCUGGAGUAUCUAAAUGAGAAAUCUCGAAAUGACCCCUACAUCAAGAAUGAACUCCUCUCCAUCGAGAAAACUGUCAAGGAAAUGAACAAGGGCUCUUAUAGAAGUUUGUUCAAGAUGAACGAGCAUCGAGAAUUCCAUCGUGUGGCACUUGCCUACGUCAACCAGAUGUUCCAGCAGAUUUCUGGAAUCAAUCUGAUCACCUACUAUUCCACCAGGCCCCUUCACUCUGCUUGCAACGGAACGGAGCAUCUGAUGGCUGCAUUUAUCCCCAAUUUCAUUAUCGAGAAAGCUGGACGUCGCCCACUGAUGCUGUUCGGUGCCGCCGGCAUGUCAAUUUCAAUGGCCGUCCUAGCUGGUACCAACUACUGUUUGACCGUUCUUAAUGAUAGCCGCGCCGGCAUUGGGCAGGCCGUGUUCCUUUUCGUCUUCAACACAUUCUUCGCCAUCGGCUGGCUCGGAAUGACCUGGCUGUAUCCGGCCGAAAUCGUGCCUCUACGAAUCCGUGCUCCAACCAAUGCUCUAUCUACCAGCGCUAACUGGAUCUUCAACUUCAUGGUUGUCAUGAGCACACCCGUCGCAUUCCAGAAUAUCGGAUACAAGACCUCUGUCAUCUUUGCUGUUAUAAACACAUUCAUGUUCCCGUGUGUAUACUUCUUCUUCCCGGAGACUCGUUACCGUUCGCUGGAAGAGUUGGACGCUAUCUUCAAGAAAUCGACCAACGUUUUCAACGCCGUAACCAUCUCCGUCAAGGAACCUUACCGCUACGAUAAGCAUGGCGAGCUCAAACCUGAAUAUCUUGAGGAGGCCAUGCGCCAUGCCAGCGUUGAUGUGCACAUAGCCGGCGCGAAGUUCGAGGGCGAUAAGAGUGGUAAUGAAGUCAAGGCUUGA